GGACUUAGCAUAGGUUGGGCGUGGAAAAUGGGAAACACAAAAACUUUAGCUGCAGAGUCUCUCUCUGUUUUUCUUUUGCUUUGUUUCUAUGGCACACUAGUUUGUGCUCAGUACAUAAAGUAUAAUACUGGAGCUGGUAUUGUGCCAGGAAAAUUGAACAUUCACCUGGUUCCACAUUCCCACGAUGAUGUUGGUUGGCUCAAGACCGUGGAUCAGUACUAUGUUGGGUCAAACAAUAGUAUUCAGGGGGCAUGUGUUCAGAACGUAUUGGACUCGGUGGUUGUGUCUCUUCAGAAGGAUCCAAAUAGAAAGUUUGUGUUUGCUGAAAUGGGGUUUUUCCAUCGAUGGUGGGUAGAACAAAGUCCAGAAAUACAAGAGGGGGUGAGAAAGCUUGUGGAUGCAGGGCAGCUAGAGUUCAUAAAUGGUGGUUGGUGCAUGCACGAUGAAGCCACGUGCCACUACAUAGACAUGAUUGAUCAAACUACUUUGGGUCAUCGCUUCAUAAAGGAUCAGUUUAAUAAGACCCCUCGUGUUGGAUGGCAGAUUGAUCCAUUUGGACAUUCUGCAGUUCAGGCUUACUUGUUAGGGGCUGAGCUUGGGUUUGAUUCUGUGCAUUUCGCUAGGAUUGAUUAUCAGGACAGAGCUAAGCGUAAAGCUGAUAAGUCUCUUGAAGUUGUUUGGCGAGGGUCCAAAACAUUUGGUUCUUCAGCUCAGAUUUUUGCCAAUGCUUUUCCUGUUCACUACAGUGCUCCAAAUGGUUUUGAUUUUGAAGUCGAUAAUGACUUUGCUCCGUUACAGGAUGAUCCUCGUAUUUUUGACUACAACGUUGAACAGCGUGUCAAAGAUUUUAUUAAUGCCGCUACUGCCCAAGCAAAUGUGACGAGGACAAACCAUAUAAUGUGGACAAUGGGUGAUGAUUUCCGGUACCAAUAUGCAGAGUCUUGGUUCAAGCAAAUGGAUAAAUUAAUUCACUAUGUUAAUAAAGAUGGUAGAGUCAAUGUCUUGUAUUCUACUCCAUCUAUUUACACCAAUGCCAAAAAUGCUGCAAAUCAAACAUGGCCACUGAAAACAGAUGAUUAUUUCCCGUAUGCCGAUGCACCAAAUGCUUAUUGGACUGGUUUUUUCACCAGUCGCCCAGCCUUAAAGCGAUAUGUUAGGAUGCUAAGUGGAUACUAUUUGGCUGCACGUCAACUUGAAUUUUUGGCUGGAAAUAAAUCAACCAAAUACCAAACUUUUGACCUUGGAGAUGCUCUUGGAAUUGCACAACAUCAUGAUGCUGUCAGUGGCACUGCCAAGCAGCAUACAACCAAUGACUAUGCCAAAAGACUGGCCAUUGGAGCCUCUAAGACUGAAGCAGUUGUUAGUUCUUCUCUGGCCUGUCUUACAAGCAAGAAAUCAGGUGAUCGGUGUUCAGCACCUGCAUCAGCAUUUGCCCAGUGUCAAUUACUCAAUAUCAGUUACUGCCCUCUAACAGAAGACAGUAUUCCUCAAGCGAAGAGUUUGGUUGUAGUGGUCUAUAACCCACUUGGAUGGAAUCGUACAGAUAUUGUCAGAAUACCGGUUAAUGAUGCCAAUCUUGUUGUUAAAGAUUCAUCCGGCAAUAACCUUGAAGUACAGUAUGUGGAUGUGGACAAUGUUACAACAAAUUUAAGAAAAUUCUAUGUGAAGGCAUAUUUGGGGCUGUCUCCAACACAAGCCCCAAAGUACUGGCUUCUCUUUCAGGUGUCAGUACCUCCACUUGGAUGGAGUACGUACUUCAUUUCUAAAGCAACUGGAAAAGGAACUAGGAGAAAAAAUCUGUCACGCUUCAGUAGUAUGAAUGAGACCAUUACCAUAGGGCCAGGAAAUUUAAAGAUGUCCUUUUCUUCAACCACUGGCCAACUCAAACGGAUGUAUAAUUCCAGAACUGGAGUAGAUAUACCAAUUCAGCAAAGCUACCUCUGGUAUGGAUCUAGUAAUGGUGAUAGUGAUUCUCAGGCCUCUGGUGCAUAUAUAUUCCGGCCUGAUGGAUCCCCUCCACGCAUUGUUUCAAGAUCAGUGCCCACCACCGUAAUCCAUGGACCAAUAGUUGAUGAAGUUCAUCAGACAUUUAGCUCUUGGAUUUACCAGGUUACCAGGCUUUACAAAGGCAAAGAUCAUGCUGAAAUCGAAUUCACUAUUGGUCCAAUUCCUACUGAUGAUGGAGUUGGAAAAGAGGUGAUCACACAAAUGACAGCAAAUAUGGCCACAAACAAGGAGUUUUAUACUGAUUCUAAUGGAAGAGAUUUUCUGAAACGAGUUCGAGAUCAUAGGGAAGAUUGGCCCCUUCAAGUUACUCAACCAGUAGCAGGAAAUUAUUACCCACUUAAUCUUGGAGUUUAUACAAAGGAUAAGAUAUCCGAAUUCUCAGUCUUAGUUGAUCGUGCCACUGGUGGGUCCAGCAUCAAAGAUGGUGAGGUGGAAUUGAUGCUUCAUAGGCGUAUUCUCCAGGAUGAUAGUCGAGGAGUAGGAGAAGCACUUGAUGAAGAAGUUUGCGUGGACAAUAAUAAGACAUGUGAAGGGCUAACAGUCAGAGGAAAUUACUAUGUCAGCAUCCACAAGCUUGGAGCUGGUUCACGUUGGCGUCGCACAACUGGUCAGGAAAUCUACUCACCAAUGUUACUUGCUUUUACACACGAGAACGUGGAAAAUUGGAAGUCCUCUCAUUUGACCGAAGGAACUACCACGGAUCCAAAUUACAGCUUGCCUCCCAAUGUUGCUCUGAUAACUCUUGAGGAGUUGGAUGGUGGAAUUGUGCUUCUUCGUUUGGCACAUCUGUAUGAGCCAAGUGAAGAUGCUGAGUAUUCAACACUCACCAAAGUUGAACUGAAGAAGUUGUUUGCCAGUAAAACGAUAAAGGAGUUGAAGGAGGUAAGUUUAUCAGCUAACCAAGAGAAAUCAGAAAUGAAGAAGAUGAAAUGGAACGUUGAGGGGGACAAAGGGCAAGAACCUAAAGCAGUCAGGGGUCGCCCUGUCAGCAAUUCCGAUUUUGUUGUUGAGCUUGCUCCCAUGGAAAUUCGCACUUUCCUGUUGAAAUUUUAAAAUAAUACAUAUUGAUGAUUUGAAGAAAUAAACAUGUUUCUCUAUCAGUUGUUGUCUUCUAUUUCUUGUUGGAAAGGCCUCAAGGCUUAUUAAUCUGUGGACUCUACAUUUGAAUGCUGACUCCUAAGUUGGUUGCGCUGCAACUGUAUAUCCAAGGUCCAAACCCUUUUUACUCAUUAGGCUAGGGGUGUGUUGGAUUUGUAUAAAACCAAAUUAAAUUCAUUUUAAAUUCAAUAAUAUAGAUUGAACUUUAAAU